AUGGAGAACGAAGGAGCUUAUGUCGGACUCUUCGAAUCUGUCUUUAACAGGUACAUGUCAAUCCGAGGCCGAUUUUCUGAUGGCAGGCAGACAGCCAUUUCAGACAAGAAAGUGCCUGAAACACUUAAUUUGGGUCAUGACACACGCAAUUAUCCUUCUACUACUAGCCAAUCCAACUUAUCGAAUAUUCCACCAACUACCAUCACGCAAACAGACUCCCCUGAAUUUCAACCAGAAACUGUUUACAUCAGUAGUGAUGACGAAGACGACAUGCCAUUAUUUCAUGACGCGGUGCUUAACAUUGACCCAGUUACUGAAUUCCAGGGGAGUAGUAUGAUGAACCCCAUAUCACUCGAUUCAGAAACAGAAGAAGAAGAUGAAGAUAUAGACCCACGAACCGAGGAAGAACUUUUGGCGGAAAGACGACUAGUAGCAGAAAGAUUCAAUAAAAAUUUAGUAAUAUUAAAAGAAGCUGGAAUGGAUGUCACGAUAUCCGAUCCACAUGAAUAUACAUACACCUCCAGUAAUCAAUCUGAAACCGAGGUAUCGGUACCAUCGAUACCUUCGCUUUCACUCUUAUCAUCACCCAACAACCAACUUUCCUCUACUAAAACUUCUUUCCAGACAGACGAUAGCUCUUCUGAUCUUAUUAUUGGUGGGAUGUUCAUGAACUUGGAUAGUGAUAUUGAAUGCAUUAAUAUCGAUGAUGAUGAUGACGGUAAUGCCGACAGCACUAGCAUUGACGAUGAUGGUGAUGAAGCUCUCCCAGCGAAUAAUGCUGAUAGCCACAAUGCCAAUAUAAAUAUUAUGGAAGUUGAGAGCUCUAUCGAAACCGAAGAAAAUCAAUCAAGCUCAGACGAAUCAGGCGAAUGGGAGUACGGUGAGCGUACCCCGGAUCCAAUUCCGAUCAACACGGAUAGCUCAAAUAUGGACUUUACAUAUCAAUAUGAUUCGGAUCUAACCCCAAAUACAACUGAAGAACCGGAUUGGAGCUAUGUGAAAUCACUUAAUGAUAAUACCAAAGAAUGGGUCAGACCAUCCAGAGACAUUUUGCCUUGUAGACCAAGGACUCGCUUUCCUCCCCGAACAAGUUCUUUUGAGAUGCUUGAGAUGAUUAAUGUUUAUAUAGAAUCUCUUGGCCCUUUGGACAGCUCGACUUCACAAACUGGCACGCGUGCCGCCAGCAAGGCUACACGCUCCACCCGUCGCCAAACCACUCUCAAACCCGUAUCCAGGCAAUCGUCACUAUCUUCUAUUCAACGUGUCAAACCAUAUGUGCCCUAUUACGCAUGGUAUAACUCUAAUUGGGAGGACUGGGCACAGUUUGAGCAUGGAGAUAUUAUACAUUGGCCAUUUAGCGAAUAUGAGCGAGAUAUUGUUAGAUCCAUGAUUGAACCUGGAGAACGAUUCAGGCGGCGUCUUUCAACAGUUGACUGGGUAACAAUGUCUGUAAACUUGCCAGGGCGAACAAGUGCAGAUUGUCAGCGUUACUGGAUUGAUCAUCAAGAAGAAAUACAUGGGUUUCAUCCUCAUCCUAUUAUGAUUACCAGGAAAAAAGCUCGAGACCUUAAAAAACCGACAUAUCGCCUUUUGAAAGAACGUGAAUUAUCUACAACUUUUUUACCAGUACCUCUGGAAGUCGCUGGCUGGUGCAAUCUGCAAACCAGUCGUACAUUUGGAGAUGGUAGUGGUGAUGUAUUCUCAUUGGGAAUACUCCAAAAUCCACGGUCACAUGUUCUUACAGUAGUGGCAGGAUCUACAUGUGAUUCACAAGCUGAAUACAAUAGACCUGGUAAUCUACGACUGUGGAGAGAAUCUUCAGAAGAAGUUCAGCAUUUACCGUGCCAUAACACACCAAUAACGCUUCCAGAUCGUACAACACAAGAUCUUUGGGCGAGCGUAAGCGAUGUUAAGAUAUCCGUGGAUCAGACUCUAAUAUUUUCGGCGGCUUUUGACAAUCGUGCCAUGGUGUGGUCUUCUGAUACAGGCGCAUUUCUUUCAAAACUAGGCAACUCAUAUAUCUGCGCGCGUACACUGAUAGAAUAUCACACUCAAAGAAUUAAUCAAAUUUCCGUCAAACGGGAUAUCAAAGAGAAUGUUUUGGCUACAGGUUCAGAAGAUGGUGAUGCUGUCAUUUGGUCAGUAGAUAAGACAGGCACAAAAGGCACAGGUUCCUCGUGUAUUUUGGAUUAUCCUAAUCUUGUCAAGCCAAGUAUUGAAUGUCUUGAAUUUGGUCACUUUGCAUCUGAUAAUAUUCUUUUUACUGGUGUGAGAAAUGAUCAUCUUCUACUACCGGGUCUUGUUCAAAGUUUCGAUGUAAAUACAGCCGAUAUUCUCGAGCUAUAUACAUUUGGAGAAAGUUAUAAAGGCGGUGCUAUCAGUGCCCUAGCUAUUUGUCCUGAUGCUGAGACAACGCUAGGUAAAAGCUUUGCAACAGGAAAUUAUGGUGCUGCAGAAGGAACACUAGGUGAUGGCAAUUUAUACAUACACGACUGUCGCAUCACAACGCCUGUAAUCGUUGCGCCUACCGCACACAUAGAUGUUAAUGUGGUAGCAUACAGCCCAUGUUUAAACUAUGUUGCAUCUGGAAACGCUACAAAUGAAAUUGCCAUUAUUGACGUUAGAUCCCCUGAAAAACCUCUUUAUCGUCUCUCACACGCACCAAGUACAAGAUCACGUGGUGUCUAUGAAGCAGAUAUUGGCAUCUCGGGUGUACAUUGGCUAUCUAAUGGCCGUACCCUCAUAACAAGUGGUGGCGAUGGAAUGGUUCGACUGUGGGAUAUCUUGGCCAAUGGGACCCUUUUGAAAACAUAUCAAGCUAAAAACGACAUUACCAGUUUGGCUGUCAAUGAAGAGGCUAUGGUUAUUGUAGCUGGUGUUUCUGGAUCUGGCGGGGUAGUUCAUGUAUGGGGCAGAUGA